AUGUCCCUUUCUUUCUCUAGCUUCACUGUCUCAGCUGAAGAGGAAAAACAGGAGUCUUACUUCACUGGUCUACAAUUAGGCAAAAGCAAAACACUUGAACUCAAGCCAGAGUCCAAACUUUAUUCUAGUACAACAGAGAAGAAAAAAGAAAAGCCCGUUUUUGUGACCCAACUCUCACCAGUAGCUGUCACUAUUGGAGACAUAGCUAGAUUUACUGUCACAAUAUCUUGUCUUCCAAAACCUAAUGUCCAGUGGUUCCACAAUGGUCGGGUUAUAACAAGUUCAUCAGUUUACACAUUUGUUCAAGAGCGAGACGAAUAUACCCUCGUCAUUAACAAAGUAGAGAAGGAAUUUGAAGGAGAAUACUCAUGUACUGCAAGCAACAGGUUUGGCCAAUCAACCUGUACUACUUUCUUGAACAUCCAAAUAAGUGACACAAAGAAACCAGAGAGGCAGGUUGAGAAAAUGUUCAAACCCACUGGCCAGCCACCUGAAUUUAUUAAAACUAUUGAGCCUGUACAAUGCUCUGAAGGUGGUCUAGCUCUCUUCAAGUAUAUUGUCACUGGGAAUCCUCUUCCAGAGGUUCAGUGGCUUAAAGGUAGUUAUCAAAUUCAGCCCAGUAAAUAUUGUAUUGUGGUGAACAACCCAAAUGGCUCUGGCUUCAUCAACAUGAAGGGCAUCCAACAGCAGGACAGUGGCCUCUACACUUGUAGGGCUUCCAACCCAUCUGGGGAGGCCUCUUGUAGUGCUGAGCUAAUCGUGUUCAGAGAGUCUGUCUCUAUAUCUCAGCACCAGGAACAACAUGUGGUUGUUCAGAAACAAAAAGGUUAUAAAGUAUCCAUGACUGAACAGGCUACAGAGUCACGCUUGUACGAGGUCAACCUUCCUGGAGAAGCCAGGGCCAGAGAUCAGAUGGUGUACACCAUAGGUACUGAGGAGAGACAGGUUAUUUCCAGCGAGCAAGUGGACACCCUUAGAGAGUUGGAUAUCUCUGCUGCUACCCUUCAUAGAGAGCGAGUCACCCACCAGGCUGCAGUGCUGCAGUCACAUGAGGUAGAAGAGAGAGUGUCUGUGACUCCCACCAGACCACCUCCAGCCUCAGCUGCGCCUAUUAAACAACUGCAUAUGGCCGCUUUUACAUCUGCUGUCCAAGAGAGCCAAAAGCUCAUAGAGCAACAUUCUGACCGUAUCCAAAGUCCGGAAAUCUUAGAGCUUGAGCCUGCAAGGGAGCAUCAUUCAAACAUAAUGUCUGCCACAUCAGAAGAGGUUAUUCCUCUAAUCACAGUGAGAACUGAGGUUUUAGGAGACAGAAAACCAGAACAGAUUAAGUCAUCUAAGGAACCAAAACAGGUUGUCAGUAGUCAUCUAGUUGAAACCAGGUUACCAAUUCUGAAAGAGAAAUUAGGUAUAACCACUAGGCCUGAGGAAGAGAGAAGCUUCAGAGUUACAGAGGGUGUUAAGAUUUUAUAUACCGCUACAUUGACUGGGCAACUGCCACUAUCAGAGCGCCAUUGUGAUAUGCUAUCAACAUCGGAUAAACCCACUCAGUCCCUGCUAGAGAAGGAACGUCCUAACCCAGUGGUCGCACCGGUCAGUGAGACUCAACAUACUUUAUCCAAAGAGCAGAGAUUUGAAAUACACAAACCCAAACAAGAGAGUGCUUUGGUAAGUAAAGAUAGGUUAUUGAAAUCAGCCAUGAGUGCUGAAGAAAAACAUCUGCUCCAGACUGAACACUCAAAAGCUAUUCCAGGUUUGGAAAGCGCGAUGUCUUUGCAAUUUGAAAAAGAAGAGGAACAGCUCUUACAUCUACAGACGAUUAGUAAGCCAGAUAUAUUGCAGUCUGAAGGUAGAUUUACUUGCGAGAAGCCAUUGCCAGAGAGUGCAGAUGCAAGGAAAAGCCCUACUUUGUUGCACACAGUCACCCACAAUGAAUGGAAAUCUGUCACUUGUGAGAAGAUAUCUGAGUUUUCAGCUCAGCUGGACACAAUUUCAAUUGAACCAAGAAAAGAGGCCAAAGCUCCUUUACAUCUUCAGUCUAUUCAGUCAGAAAGUGUAUUACCUAAAGAAGGUAUACUUAGUCCUGAGAAGCCAGAUCAGCAGACUGCAGUACAGAAACAGGAAAGAGCCCGCAAACAUGCAGCAACCUCAGAGGAUAAAAGGGAGUUUAGUGCAGAUUAUUCCAAAGAUCUUGAUGUGUCUGUGACAGGAGUUCAGUCAGAGCUUAGAACAGAACACAGACCUCAGAACAUUCUUCAGGUCACAUCAAUGCCCAUGCAGAUAUCCAAAGAAACACCAUUUACUAGUGAUGUCAAACAGCAGCGUGCAUUAAUCGAAAAGGAGGAUCGCUGGAACAUUAUGCACUCAGUAACUGUGGUUGACACUCAAAGUAUAGAAGAGGGGCAUACCAUCAAUUUGAAAGCAAAUGAUGCAUUCAAACCUGUAGUGAAAAUUGAACCAAAGAUCCCGACAAAGCCUGUCUAUAUUGAAGAGAAGGCAAUAGCAACUGAAGGUUGUGCCAUUUUACAUGCAGCUGAACAGGAUUUUGCUGUUCAGAUCCACGAAGGUCAGUCAGUGAGACAAUCAAUAUUAUUGGAGGAGAAACACAUCAUUGUUGGUGAGCAAUCAAGUGAAAUUGGAAAAGCUGCUGGAUUGGUUGUCAGUGUAAAGACUCAGCCUAAAGGGGUAUUAUUUGUGCACGAGUCUCAGGAGAGCCAAGUUCUUCCAAAGGAACUUACCUUUGUGAUCCCAAUGCCGAAACCAACAAGUUUGGGCAUCAGACAUCAGUUGAAAACUGCGCUUCAGUCUGCUGUGGCUUGUGACCAGCCACUUAUACUAGCAGACGUUGUUGAGAGAUUGGAGGCUGUCGAGGUACAGGAAGUGAAGGUAGGCAGGGAAACUAAGGGUGCAAUGUUCACCUACCUUAUCACAACACCAGGUGCCUCCAUGGAAAUAACAAUUGCUUUUGAAGGAGAAUACCCUCAGACUGCUGAUCUGAGGACAGAACUCCAAGCAGCUUUCCAUGCUAUAGUUUAUAGAGAGCAACAGACCCUCAUUUUGGACCAACCUGGCACAAUGCAAAUAGUCAAGCCUCAGAAAACAAAUAUUAGCAGUGCAAAAUCCAAAGAAAUGCUGUCAUCGGUGGUGGAAACUGUCAGAGUAACAGAGAGUGCAGAGGGUUUCGAAUCCCCUGUAACCCAGUCUGCUGCUCAGAAGACUGAAACGAUGGCUUCGUUCCAAAGCAUAACAGCUCAGGAUCGCACUGUGGUGCAUGAAUCCAGGCAGACUACUAGGCAGGAGACCAGAUCUGUGACAGUAAAAAGCCAUGAUGAGAGAGAUGUAGGUGCUGCAGAUUUAACCACAGCAGUACCCUUCGCCUCUGUCCCUGUCGAACAGUCUCAUGUGUUUAUAAAGAGAGAAACGAUGGAGGAGUUUCUGUCAGAGGCAGUUAUGAUUAGUAAACUUCCUGAGCAAUUCACUAAAGCUUAUCCCAUUAUUGUAACUCCCCUGGAGGAUAUUUGUUCAGAGAACAAUAGCAUGGUUACUUUUAGUGUGACCAUAAUGUGUGUCACAAAAGUUAACUGGCUUUUCAAUGGAAAGUUGGUCAAAUCUGGCAAAGAAUUUAAGUGUUCAAAAGACCAUGACACAUACACACUAGUAAUCUGCAAGAUUGUCAAGGAGAAGCACGAAGGAGAAUAUGUCUGUGAGGCUGAGAAUGAAGCUGGCAAGGCUACAACAACAUCAAGACUCACUGUUGUCUCGAGAGGUAUCUUCUUUUUACCCAUAUCACUCUCUUAA